AUGGUCGGCGCCAAAGCCGAGCACGCCGGCAUCAUCAAAACGGGCGCCCAGCUUGUCUCGGCCGUUAGUUGCUCUACCGUGCCACAUAUCUCCAUUAUCCUAGGUGCGUCGUAUGGAGCAGGGAACUAUGCCAUGUGUGGUCGAUCCUACAAACCUCGCUUUAUAUUUACCUGGCCGACCGGCCGCUGCAGUGUGAUGGGCCCUGAUCAGCUCGCUGGGGUGAUGGAGACGGUGCGGAUUUCAAGCGCCAAAUCCAAGGGCGAGGUGCUGUCGCCGGAGGAAUUGAAGAAACAGGUGCAGUCAUUCAGGGAUGCCGCUCAGCGGGACAGUGAAUGCUAUGCGACUAGUUCGAUGUUGGUUGACGAUGGCGUUAUUGACCCGAGAGAUACGCGAGAUGUGCUGGGGAUGUGUUUGGAGGUCGUAGCUCUGCCGGGGGUGCAGGGGGCGGAGACACAUAAACUUUUGGCCAGGAUUUAG